AUGUCGGACCAAAAGCAAUAUGCCACUUACAACGAUGUCCACAAACUCUGUAAGGAUUCGGUGGAAAACCACCUCAAGAAAUUCGACAUCAACCUUAUAAUUGCCAUUGGCGGUGGUGGUUACAUCCCUGCCCGCAUCAUCCGGUCCUUCCUCAAGCAGGAGCCCAAUGCACCUAACAUCCCCAUCCAGGCCAUCGGUCUGUCCCUCUACGAGCGUUUGACCACAGACAGCGUUGAGGAGGCCCCUGGUACCGAGGUCAAACGUUUGCAAUGGCUUGAUAUGAACUCUUCGAUGGCCAACUUGGUUGGUAAGAACGUUCUCAUCGUUGACGAGGUCGAUGAUACCCGCACAACCCUAGCCUACGCCGUGAAGGAGCUCGAGGGAGAUGUUGAGAAAGCUCGGGCGCAGCUCCCUGCCGACAGCGAGCUUAAGAACAAGAAGACUAACUUCCACAUCUUCGUUCUACACAACAAGGACAAGCCCAAAAAGGGUGGGUUCCGCGAUGAUAUGAUGGAAAAGCGUUAUUGCGCUGCGGUCACUACCGGGGAUGUCUGGAUCUGCUACCCUUGGGAGGCUGAAGACAUUAACGAGCACGAUACUCUGGCCAAACAGCAUCCUAUCGUCGAUACAAAGAAGCCUAUCAUCAAAGAAUCCUCUACCGAGGCCAUCUAG